CAAGUGAAACCCCGCCCACAGCCUCACUUUUUUAUCCACACGUGACUGUAGAGGACUAAUUUAGCUAUCCACCCUCUAUCUUACAAACAUACCAUCCAUUGUCAACAAACAGAAGAAGCAAGAUAAAACUGUGUUCCGUGAAGAGCAAUGACUUUAGCAUCACAUUCCAUGAUGUGUUGAUGUGCAUAAAUCGAUAUUUGAUUGAAAAGCCAACGGAUGAUGUACGAGAAGUUAACAAUGCUGAAUUUGCAAAGUAGUUCUAACUGGAACAUGCCCAAUGACUGGUACCAUCAGUCUGGUACCAACACCGCUGCCAGCCAUCACAGCACAGUGUCUGAUGGCUGCAUGCUGGACACAGACCCCAGGAUGGGGACGGGAGGAGGAAGAGUGCAGAUGGAGAGGGACGACGGUGAAGAAUCACAGCUGCGGCUGCAGCUGAAGAGGAAACUGCAGAGGAACAGGACCAGCUUUACUCAGGAGCAGAUUGAGGCCCUGGAGAAAGAAUUUGAGAGGACACACUACCCUGAUGUCUUUGCACGGGAACGUCUAGCAAAUAAAAUAGACCUCCCAGAAGCACGGAUCCAAGUGUGGUUCUCCAAUCGAAGAGCCAAAUGGAGACGAGAAGAGAAGCUGCGCAACCAGAGGAAAUCAGGAGGAGGAACUUCAUGCACCCAAACACACACUCCUCUUAGCACUUCCUUUAACGCAGCCCUGUAUCAGCAGCACAGCAACAGUGCAGGCUCCAUGAUCAAUCAAAGUGAGACAACUCUCCCUAGUUACAGUUCCCUAUCUGUCUAUUCUGGAGUACAGUCGGCCCCCUCGUACCCUUGCAUGUUGCCCCCUUCCCCUUCUGCCCCGCAAUCCUUUGAGCCUUCUUCUUACCCCUCCCCCCACCUCCCAGGCCCGCCACCCGGAAACACCAGCACAGGCUUGAUCUCUCCUGGGAUUUCAGUACCGGUCCAGGUCCCAGGGAAUGAGCAGAACAUGGGUCAGAACUUGGGCCAGUACUGGGCCAGACUGCAGUGAGGAAAACACAAUGCGAUGAAGUGAUAAAAAAAAGGCUUGAAGAGAAAGCUCAACUCAGCCAUGCUGAAAACUCACUAUAGAGUUCACAUUCAUGACAUAACAUUCAAGAUUAAAGUGUAGGAACUUUGUUUUGUUAACUAUACUGCAUCGUCAACAACGUGAACCGGUCGCAAUGCACUAUGGGAUAGUAUUUCUUGCUCGAUAGGCUGCUGUUUAAAUUUACGCUACUAAAUUUGCAAGAAAAUGAAUCAUACAUAACAAUUGUCGGGAUUUAUAUAUUUUUUUUAUUAAACCUAUUUAGACAGUGUUCUUAUUAGCAACACGCUCAUUAGUCGACCUGAGAGACAUGAACCAAAAAAGAACCAGAAAAAUAAGGAAGGUUUUUUCUUUGUUUUUUUUACAAAAGUAUUUACUUCUCUUAUAUAAUCAUUUCUUUGCUGAAAAAUUUCCUUGUUCUAACUGAAUGAAAAAUACUGUGAAACUAAACUUCUAGUGAAUUUUCCAAAUCACGAAUUUGUCAACUGACACGUUUUUUUUUGUUUGUUUGUUUUUGACACUUCCUUAAAUCUUGACAGAUUUUUGUGCAUGUGUUUUGUUUGUUUGUGUGCUUUAUUUAUUUAUUUAUUUUUAACAGAUGAUUGAAUUUAUUUUCACAUUUCAGAUGUAAAACUGUGUUAAGGGGAUGAAAUAGGGACAGAUUCAAACAGAACCUGCGAGAGGAAGUCACCAGGCAUGGUGUUAAAAAUAAAUAAAUAAAUAAAUAAAUAAAUGAAGUACUGGAACAGAGCCAUUGUGUCACAUCCGCUGAAAUACUUGCACUAAAGCGAACGACUAUCAGCGAUCGUUACAAAGCCGAUGACAAUCACUGACAAUUAUGCAGCUUCAAUUUUCAUAAUGACUUCAAAAGCAUCUGUCGAUCCAAAGUUUCUCAUCUCUUCUUCUUUUUUGCCCCAAAGCAUUACUUAAUCUGCGUUUUGAUUAAAAAAAUAUAUUUGAUAUUUAUUUAUAAUUUUUCCUGUCUUCUGUAUAACUAUGUUUAAAUGCUAGGAUUUCUAAUCUGUGUGCUCCGCUUAGUAUCUGCUCAUUAAAUCUGUGAAUGUGUACAUAUAUGUGUGUGUGUGUGUGUGUGUGUGUGUGUGUGUGUGUGUGUGUGUGUGUGUGUGUGUGUGUGUGUGUGUGUGUGUGUGUGUGUGUGUCUGAUGGCACGGAUGCACUGCAAUGCAAGUGUUUUUUUGUGUAGGGAUAAAAAAGAAAGUGUCUUUUUCCUGCAGUCAACCUAUUUUGUGUAUGCACUGAACCCUUUAAUAAAAAUCUACAUGUGAUCAUUAAAA